AUGGUGAAAGGGAAGUUGUCCGACCUCUUAGGGUGUCCUGCCGUUCAGCUGACUCUGUUGAUAGGUACUACCCCCUGGUCCGAUGACAAGCUGCUGCGGGAAGUCUUCAGUGGCUCUGAUGGUCAGAUGCCGACCCUCUCUGUGAUCAAGUCAGAAGGCUGGGUGCCCUUACGAAUGCAGGCCUUAAAGGCAAAGGUGGAGAAGCGUGGCAAGGUCCAAAGCGACCCGGCAGAAGGUGGGCUCUCCGCUGAUGCCGCGCUGCCGGAGGGGCUGGAAUUCCCCAGUGCCUUGCGGUUGCUGCUGCAGCACGGGGCGAAAUGGACCUUUGGGGCGGAAGGGAUUCCACCCCUUUGUCUAUACGCAGCCACCAGGGAGGUGGGCAAUGACAUCUUUGGAGAUGAGGAGUGCAAAGCGGAUUGGAUGGAGGAACAUGGGGAAGAUAGCUGUGCUGGCGAUGACUGGAUUUGCAUUGGGGAGUCCUCAGAGUUCGAUUACUUCUUUGUCAAUCUGCGGAAAACUUCACCAAACUUUGGUAUGGUGAAGCACAUCGUGAACAACUGUGAUGAGGACCCCGACGAGACGGGAUUCUCAGAGGCGCCCUUUGAUCGCUUCUUGGACAUUGUGGAGAGCUUUGCAGAGCACCAGGCCGUGGAUGAGGAUGAUUGUGAACCAUUGCACUCCUUUCAGUUCAGAGCUCUCCAGGCCAAGAAGAAAAAAAGACUUGAUGUGGCAAGUGUGGCUCGGGCGCAACCUCACAUUGAUUAG